AUGCCCAAAUUCCUCCCAUCUUUCCGGUUUCUUGAACUUUCUGCAUCUCUUCGGAGAAGGACAGAGCAAUGGUGGGAUACGAGAGACUGGUCAGAAUUUCGGCUCCCGACGAUGAAUGCUUCAUUUGAUGACCGCACGGCAAACCUGACCAUGUCCGGUAUAUUCGGCGCGAGUUGGGGGGUGCUGGAUACUUAUCAUUCGGAUGUGCUGGAUGUGAAUUCUUCUUCAGCGAGGUGGUUGCGGACAGUUGGGUUUGGGAAUAACUCGUUGAAUAUCGAUAAUGAUGCGAGGAACGCUGCUGGAAUGUCGCGUAUUUCACGAGGGAGUGCCUCUAUUAUGGUGCUAUUUGUAAUGCUUGGCCUUAUUAUCAGCGCAUGA